AUGCUUUUCGCUUCAUCCUCCAUCCUGCCCGAAACACAGUCUCCUCCUCCUUCUGCUCGCACUCGCACUCCAUUGUCCCCCAUCGACACGACAACGCUGACCCCCUCCCCAGCCCUGUCCGACUAUGGCCCUGCGACGCUGCCAGACCCCUCGACUCUAGCGAAACGGCGAUCCACAGGAGCUUCCGAGGCUCUGCAGUACUACUGGUCGUCCUCGGCAGGAGGAAGGAGCGAGUCCUUCUCCUCUAGUCUCGGGACACUUGCCUCGCCGCUCGAGACUAGCUCGUCCCACACCGUACUCUCGUCCCCUUACUCGAUCUCACCAAACCCCCUUCUCCACGACGGCAAGUCACACUCCCAGAUGAGCUUCCAGGAGGUCAUUGUCGGGGGCGAGUCCCCAAAAGGCACUCGCGGCCUCCAGCUCGUUGCAGAGCCAGACAGCACCGACGAUCUAAACACGACAAUGCAAGCGACGUCGAUGCCAAGCAAUCGUCCGACACCACCGCCGCCGGGAUCAAGCCAGCCUCCGCCUAGUGCGUACAAUGCGCACAGCGCGUCUUCAACUUUAACCUCAACUUCGAGGAGAUCGUUACCCAUGAUCCCGGAUGCCGGCAUCACGCCUCAUGGUGCACACAACACGUCCCACCCCACGCAUACCAUGCAUUCGCACCACCAACCACCUCAACGCCUUCCUCACCUUCCUUCCCCGUCACCGUCUCCGCAACCGCCCAUCGCCGCCCAGAUGACCGUCGACUCGGGCUCGGACACGAUCCGGUCCACGUCCACGAGACGGAAACGCCCUCCCCUUCCCCCGAUUCCCACCUCGACACCCCAGACAUCUUCCCCCGCUAGCAGCUAUUCGUCUCACUCCCACCGCCGCCUCCCGAGCCGACCGCCGAGCCGCCCGGACUCCGAGUCAGGCGAGAGCCAGUACUCGGUCGACGACAGCCCGGCACCUAUUCCGCCGUCACUCGUGCGCCGUGAUACCGCGAUCCAGGACGAGCUCGCGCGCCUUCACUCUCACCGCAAGGGCAUGGUCGACAUGAACGGCGACAUUGACGUGCUCUUAGACCCAACAUUCGAUGAGUGGGCCCAUCAGGGCGGCGGCAACUGGAACAAGGCACAGUCCGGCUCGGCCGCGUCGACGAUUGCCGAAAAGCUCGUGACGCCGACACAAGAGAUGGCGAACGAGCGCGGGGACCGCCCACACGUCGCCGUCAACACCGAUUUGAGGGAGUGUGGCAAGACGCCAUCGCCCCGGAGUGCAGACUCGGGAGAGAAGACUCCCCAGGGAAGCACUGAGGUGUUGGUGAAGCCAUCGCCCGUGUCGUCGAACAACAGUUCCAAGGGAAGGCUGUCUGUCCGGCCGACAGGAGGAAGCGCCCCGGGCAGCACCCCGGGAAGCGAUGGGCCGGAUUCUCGCCGCUCGACAUCAUCGCAGGCGUCGGGCUCGAGCAGGAAUGCCAAUGGUGGCCGACAGGAAAGGCCGCGACGUCUUUCCGCAAGCCCUCAGGAGGAUCCCGAGACGCCGCACAGUGCCCCCGCGUACAAGACGUCCUUCGGCGAUCUGAGACUUCCGGGUCGUCCGGCAAGCUUACUGCCUGCAGCCAAGGUUGAUCCCCCGCGCCGAUCGCAGUCGCUCGACAAGCCCGAGGUGUUGAUGUCCAUCAAACAACAACAGCAGCAGCAGCAGCGACAACAGAGUCCAUCACCACAGCUGCCGCCUCGUCGAAGCCCCGACCCGCCACCACGCAGUGAGCUGCGGCAACCGAAUCUUUCAGCCGUUCAGGAAUCAAGCACGGUGUUUACUGCGUCUCCAACAUCCACCACACCGGUGGAACCGGUCACUAGCACCUCGUACAACUCUACGGCCCCGUACCGCACCACGACACUGCCUACGAUCAUCAAUACGCCCCACACGCCAGUCACGUCCCCGCGAUCCUCGCAGCAGCUCCGCUCCAAGACGGAUCCUUCCCCGGGCGGUGACGCCCGAUCGUCAUCCCAGAUGGCCAACUCGAGCACGAUCCAGGACCUGACGCAUGUGGUGGACAAUGCCGUCGACGAGAUCGGCCUCAUCAACUCGCAGGACACGCCGCCGCCUCUGCUCAGCGAGCCCGAGAAGUCGACCCCUUCCCGCCCCCGCAGCGACUUAGCGACCUCCUCCCUCCCGCCGCGCACAUCGUCGUCGAUCUCGUCUGGCGACGGCGCAUCGUUAUCACCGACCUCUGCUCAGUUCCCGGGGGCGCGCCCGCCUAUGCACGUCCACUCGUCGAGCUCUAACAGCGCAGUCGGUCUGGGACUCAUGAGCAGCAUGGGCGUGUCGUCCGCAUUAGCAGGAACUCAGCGCAGCGCUAUCAACGUUGGCCAGAGUGCUAUCAGCGUCGGUCAGAACGUCGGCAGGCACGUCCGCAAGGCGUCUUCCAUCCUCUCCAUGCGCUCGAGUAGCUACACGCUGUCGCCGACGAACGCUACGUUCCAGAACCACCAGCAGCAGCCCCCGGUCAAGUCGCUCCCCUUCGCCAUCAUGUAUGGUAACAUCAAGGCGCUCAAGACCCCGGGCGAGCGCGCCCGGGCCUACCAGCAGCAUAUUGAGGGGCUGGCCCGCGCCGACUCGGGUCUGCGCGAGUGGUGCAGCAAUGUUCGCAACGCCCCACGACAGAACGUCACCAAGGCGCGGGUGGGCUUGGGAAUCCGGGAUCCGGCUGGUGCCCCGCGUGGCUUAACCAUCGGUGAGCCGACACCGCGCAACGUCUCUGGCGCGUCCGAGUUCCCGAUGCGAUCGGAUGCGACGCGCGCCAACGAGAUCAGGGUCCCGACCGUGGAGACGACGGAUAACAGCACGACCGUGCCGCUGAACAACCUGCCAUACCCGCAGCUCGCGAGCGUCAAGGGUUCGGGGUCCAUGCAGAGCCUGGCGAGUAUCCCUGCUCCGCCGACACCGGCGAAGAACCGGAGCGGUGGCGGCCUGCUGUCGGCACUCCGGCUCAAGAAGGAGAAGGAGAACACAUCGCUCGGCCCGCCGACGAACCUGCUCGCGAACGGCUCGAACGGCAAAGUCGCACGGAGCUACACCUCGUCCUCGACGUCGCUUGGCCGCGCGUCGAUCGAUUCGCCCGACGGCCCGCGCGCGCCUCACAGCCCCUCGCCACACGGUCCGCGUCCCGGCCCCGUCACCCGGACGAGCUAUGACAGCUCGCGCUCGAGCCUCGACUCUGCGGGACUUCUCGGACGCCCGUCCUCGAACAAUAAGGCCGGCAGCGUGAACGCGCCGCAUGGGCUCUCGCCGCUCAGCCGAGACGACGGCGUCAACGAGGAGGAUGUCCGGUACAUGCUCGAGAUGCUUCCGCACGCCGAGCGCAGCACCAUCAGGCAGUAUCUGGAGCGGUACGGCGACACCAGCUAUGCGAUGACAUCGUCGUCGCCGCCCUACGCCUACGCCGAGAUUGAGGAUCCAGAGACACUAGCCAACCUGCCCCGCCUCGGGUCGCUGAGGCUCAAGGCCAAGGCGCACAGCUGGCUGCGCCGACCGUCGAGCGCCGGCUCUGCCUCAGGUUCUGGCUCUCCAGCACACUCGCGCGAAGAGUCGGCUGUCUCCCACGUCUCGAACCUUGUCUCGCACUCAAGACAGGCGUCGACUCUCUCCCAGGUCUCGAGCUUCUUCUCUAGAUCUUCUAGGUCUAGGUCCAAGACCUCGUCGCAGGCCCCGUCACUGAGCUCGUCGCAUUCGAGAGAACCGAGUGUCGCUUCGAGUCAUACGACCAGGGCCCCGUCGCCUGUAACCCCGACUGCGGCUGGCUUCCCCUCGGACGUCGCUGCUACCACUCCCGCUCCUCCCGUCACCCCAGCGGCUGACGCGGCCGUCCCUACGCAGCCGACCGCAGACAUCGAGGCGACUCCGACUCCGCAAGCCCCCGCUGCUUCUGCUGCAGACGACCGUCCCCACCCAGCUCCCUCCAAACCCUCUGCCACCUCACUCCACUCGGUCGCCGAGUCAGCCAAGUCCGAAACCAUGUCGCACAACAGCUCCGACUCGUCGGCGCAGGACUUUCUGCAGUGCGCGUACCCGCGCCAGUCCCAGAAUGAAGUCAAGCAAGACCCGGCGUGGACCGAGGGAGACUUUGAGCUCUGUUCCGCGAGUUCGGCCAAAUCGUCCCCCUCCCCGGGAAAACAGCGCCUCGUCCUGACUGAAGACUUUGAGACGUCCGUCAUCAUCGGCCUCUACCUCGAGUUCGUGGUGCAUGCCACCUUCCUCGUGCCCGGGGACGGAACGACGCUCGAGUCCCUCGUGACCGUGAAGCGACUCGUGCUCUUCCUGCGGAAGUAUGCCUGUGACGGGGUUCUCAAGCUCCUCCUUCUCACGAUCCGGGAGUGCAUCAAGCAGCCCUCCAGCGUUAGUCCGCUCGUGGGUUUCAUCGCCGGCGCGAUUGCCGAGGACGCGUACACUUGCUCUUCGAGCCUCGAUGUGGGCGACUGGACAUGGAGCAUGAUGAACAUCCCCGGAUCCGGACUGGGAAGCGCAAACGUCUUCGACCCGCACCACAUGCCCGUCAACGUCUGGCAGAUGAUUCCGGGCAUGUAUACCUGGGCCCUGACGACGGCGUGGAAGGGCGACCCGGCGCCGCGCCGCCAAGAUUCGGCCAUGAGCAUGUCCUCCCUCGGCUCCUUGCGGUACGGGUACAGUUCCCACCGCGAGGGACACGGCAGGGAGGGGUCCCGCGUCGGGGGUGAUUCGAGGAUGGGUGGCGACUCGCGGAUGGAUUCGCGGAUGGACUCGCGGAUGGACUCGAGAAUGGGCGACAGCAGGAUGGACUCGCGGAUGGGGGAGAGGGAACGCAUGGACCGGGUGGGAGACCGUGUCGAGGAGAUGAGGGAUAUGGGCAGUGUCCACGGCAGUCAUCGCCGGGAGGGCUAG